GGCGUCCUGGCACCUCAGUUCCUGCUCGCGUAUCGACGAGCGAGGACGAAGCGUCGGUUCGUGAGGUGGUGCGCGCGCGCGAGAUCCGCUCGUCGGUGGUGAUGUGAUCGGCGAGAAGCCCGGAGCGAAAAGGCGGCCGCAGUGCAAGCAGCUGAAAAUGCAGCCGAACGUAGUCACGUUGGCGCGUUGCCUGCCGCUUCUGCUACUGAUGGUGGCCGCAGCGAGCGCGAGGAUUCACAAGCUGGACAUACGGAAAGACAACCGACCGUACAUUGCUCUGACUACGUUCGGCUUCUACAAAGGCGGCAUCCUUACCGUGAACCUCACGAACUUCAAGUUCCAGACGGUAGACGAUAAGAAGUUAACGCCGGAGACGACGGACAAAGCUGUAUUCGGAUUCAGCCUUGACCGAACGCUCAUCGACGCCAUCAAUCCUUACAUAUACAAUCAUCUGGAGAGAUGCUUACUGCAAAACGCUUCCACCCCGCGGGUGGAGCCGAGGGACGACAGCUCGAUCAUAUAUUUUACGAUGGAUUUGAAGAAUUUGGUGAUGCACGUAAACUGCAGUCGCAACGUGCGUACGAUGCAUAUUUACAAGGAUACCAGCAGGAUACUGAUGUUCCGCACCAAGAGGGGUUCACUACCGGCGCGACUUAGCGACACCGCGCUCUUUCCCCGAAGGAAGCGGAACACGUCGCAUGAGCUCGCGAAGCCCAUCGGCCACGAUGACCUGAACGGCGGGUCGGACAGCAACAUAUGCCGUGUGAAGCUACCGAUGACGAUGAACACCCACGCGAACGGCGAGAAGUCGUACAACACGAGCUUCGUCAUGUACGUGGCCACCGAGGAGGAAGAGGGCCUGUACAAUCUUUACUUUCACAAUUGCCUGAAUUACAAUUACGAGGCUCCGCUGGCGGUGGACUUCACGAUGCAAAUAGCGGAGAUUAAUAACGACAACUUCCUCAGCGCUGGCGAAAUGCCCCUGCCAGCCUUGUACUUCACGAUGGCGCUUCUCUUCUUCUUGUCGGGCUGCUUUUGGGUGUUCAUUUUGGCCAAGAGCAAGCGCUCGGUGUUCAAAAUCCACUACUUGAUGGCGGUCUUGGUAUACCUGAAGUCGCUGUCGUUGUUGUUCCACGGUAUAAAUUACCAUUUCAUCCAGACCAAAGGCGAACACGUGGAGGCGUGGGCAAUUUUAUACUAUAUCUCUCAUCUACUGAAAGGCGCCGUUCUCUUCAUCACUAUGGUGCUCGUUGGCACCGGAUGGACCUUCAUAAAACACAUUCUCUCGGACAAGGAGAAGAAAUUCUUCAUGCUCGUCAUACCGUUGCAAGUUUUAGCGAACGUGGCCGAGAUAAUAAUCGAAGAGAGCGAGGUGGGCAAUCUGGAGCACCAGACUUGGCGAGACAUUUUCAUACUCGUCGAUCUGCUCUGUUGCGGCGCAAUUCUAUUCCCGGUGGUGUGGAGCAUCAAACACUUGGAGGAGGCCGCCCGCACAAGCGAUAAGGCGGCCAUCACUUUGCGCAAGCUCAAGCUGUUCAAGCAUUUCUACAUUAUGAUAGUUUGCUACAUAUAUUUCACCAGAAUCAUCAUGUACCUACUGAAGAUUACCGUGAGGUUCGAGUACCAGUGGUUGGACGAAACGUUCCGCGAGAUGGCGACCUACGUGUUCUUCGUCCUGACAGGGUACAAGUUCCGACCAGCUUCUACGAAUCCGUACUUCACGGUGCCGAGCGACGAUGUGCGGUUGGAUGAUGACGACGACAGGAUGGACGUCGUCGUUUCCGGCAGCAACGGACUGACCAAGGACUUCAGUAAAGUGAGCAAAGUGCCGAGGGCGGUGAGACCCAUGAGCGGGAAAGUGCCGUCUACAGCGGAGGAACGGCACAUCAUCCUCUAUCAAAAGACGGAUUCCUCCUAAUAAAAUUGCGCUCGCUACGGGUCCGAUUAAAAACACACACACACAUAUACACAUACAUACAAAUAAUACACGUGGUCGACCUGAUACUCGCCACACGACAAAGACGCCCGCGUCUUCUUACGGAUCUUCGAGACUGCGGAUUGAAGUGGACAAGCGAGAGGUGCGCAGACGACAGUCAAAGUGAACCCUGAUGGCAAUGGGAAACUUAAUUAUAAGGAUAUCGCGCCACUGAAACCGCCGAGUUUCCUACUCUCGGGUCUGUUUUUUCUAUUUUCCACAGAGAGGAGUGACAGAAACGACCGGUCGGGUUUGCAAACACACGAACGACAAUCACGGCUGGUACAAAUUUGUAUUUACAUUUACUUUUAUUCGAGAUACCUUUUGCCUUUUGGCAGCGACGACGACGACGACGACGACGAGGGUUGACCUCGGGUCGUCGUGCAUCGUUUCCUUUGAGUUUUCUUUAAGUUUUCGAACAUCGAAGCGCAUCUCUCUCUCUCUCUCUCUCUCUCUCUCUCUCUCUCUCUCUCUCUUUCUCGAAUCUCUUCCGUUUUCGCGCGCCGUCGUCCACAGUUCAAUCCGACGUUAGCGCGACAUUUAUUUUCUUAGUGAGACACUCCAAUAGGACAAACUUAGAAAUAAUCUUUUAUCUAGUACUUAUGUUACGAUUCCAAUUGCACGUCGCCAAUUGUCGACGCGCCCCUUUGUAGUUGAGUUUUUCGUAGAUAUUUAUAGAGAAACAUUUCCAUUGCGUUCCCUUUUUCCAUGACACACGCGCUUAGUUUCAUCGAAAGCACGCGAAUCUCAUUGCGUAGAAUCAACGUAUUCAAGGUAUACUUGUUUCUCUCUUUCUCUAUUUUCUUUUAUUUUGUAUCGCAUCUUAUAUUCUUACUCGUAAGGGAAGCGGCUGGCUGUACCGGACCAAGCGGUGCAAGGUAAACUCUAUCUAAUAAAUACAUGUCCUCUCACUCGUGCGCGAAUAUUGCGCGAUACUACUCCGUGCUAGAGUUAACAUUACCAUUAUUAUUACUAUUAUACACACGUUGUCGUCACUGUUACACCUGUUAUUAUCAUUAACUAUGUCGUAUAUACCGAAUGGAACGCAAAAAGGGAGCCAAGUUGACAGAAUAAAGCGGAUAUUUUUAUGAAAA